CAAGUUUUACUUCAGUCCAGCACCAGCUUUAAGCACAUCAACCUGGAUAAAGAACUGCCUUCAACAUGCAGCACUACAGCAAAACAGCACUUAUAUUCUGCCUUCUGGCUUUGAUUUUUACAACACAGCAGGCAGAAAACACAGACUGUCAACUAAAGGCCUUCAGUGCGCCAGCACUAAUUCUGAAAGAGACACCAGAUCUGCAGCAGUCAGACAGAUCUACAGUUCUGCGCCGCGCAGCUCGUAUGUCCCCACUUUGGAGGAUUUUGGCGAGUAAACCACAAGGUGCCUACUGUCAUGAUCAUAUCGAGUGUUCCACCAGACUCUGCAGGAAUGGAUUUUGCUCUUUUGAUGUUCCUGUUCACUCAUAGAUCUGAAGAUGUCACUCAUUUAAGAGGUUACAAGAAUUAUACAAUCACAUCCCUACAUCAACAACAAUAUAAACGUAUAACAUAGCACAAGGUAGCACAGCUGUUAGAGUGGGUGCUGGACAAAUGAGUAAAUAAGAAAACAAUAUAGCAAAUAUGUAUAUAAAAUAAUUUUAGAAUGCUUAUAAUGAACUUAAGAGCCCAAAUGUGACAUUUGUGUUUAAAUGUAUUAACUGCUUCCAGACAUUGUUAUAUAUUUACAAAUGAACCCUGCAAUAUUUAAAUAUACUAAAAACUAUACAGUUACAAAUAUUUCAUAUCUGAAUAUAUAGUGUAUAAAUAUAUUUAUGAAAUUAUUUGAACAACACAACUAUCCAAAAAUGGAUUUUUUUUUAAUUUGCAUUUGUUAUCAGCAUUUUGUGAAUUAAUGUAUUUUUUUUUGUAAAUGCUCAUGUAGUUUUCAUCAAUAAUCCAGCCAACCAAAUGUUACACUUGCCACAUUUUAUACCUCUUUAUGUUUUUUUUUUAUUAUUAUUAUACAGAGUAUCACAUGCUUUCAUUUUUGUACUGUACCUAAUAUGAAUCAAGUGUAACACACGAGUGUUUUUGAUAUGUUAUGUGACCCUUGAGGUAAUAAAUUAUUUUCUAAAGACUUACUGUAAAAAUCUAUAGUACUGUUAAAGGCCUGCUGUGUGUACAGUAUGCAAACAACCUGUUUUGAUUACAUUUCAAAUAAAAAUGUAGAAAUGUC